AUGCUAAAUUUGGAGUAUUUGGAUUUGGGAUUUUGUCGUCUUGAAGAGUUUGACGAUUCCCUGGGGUAUUGCAGAAAACUCAUUCGAUUAAACUUGGAGGGUUGUGUAAGACUUAAGAGGUUUCCUUGUGUUAAAGGGGAAUCUCUUGAAUAUCUGAAUAUACAAAAGUGCUAUAGUUUAGAGAAAUUUCCAGAGAUCAGGGGAACAAAGGUUGACGAUUCCCUAGGGUAUUGCGGAAAACUCAUUACGUUAGAUAUGAUGAAUUGGCUUAAGAGGUUUCCAUGUGUUAACGUGGAAUCUCUUGAAUCUAACGUGGAAUCUCUUGAAUCUCUGGAUCUACGAUAUUGCUCUAAUUUAGAGAAAUUUCCAAAAAUCCGUGGAAGAAUGAAGCUGGAGUUGGAGAUUAAGAUGAAUUACCCUGGAAUAAGGGAACCACUAUCAUCUCUUCAGUAUCUAACUCAUAUUACCAAGCUAGAUUUGAGCUCUUUGAGAGACCUUGUAGCUCUUCCAAGUAGCAGUGGCAUGUUGAAAAGUUUGGGUAUUCUAAAUGUGUUUGGUUGUUCAAAACUUGAAAGCUUGCAAGAAGAGAUUGGUGAUUUAGAAAACUUGGAGAAGCUUGAUGCCGCAUGGACUCUAAUUUCACGACCUCCGUCUUCCAUUGUCCGCUUGAACAAGCUUAAAUUCUUGAGUUUUGCAAAACAAAGCUCAGAAGUUGGGCUGAAAGAUAGAGUGUGCUUUGUGUUCCCUCAAGUGAAUGAAGGGUUACGCUCAUUGGAAGAAUUGGAUCUCAAUUACUGCAAUCUAAAAGACGGAGGACUUCUGGAGGACAUUGGACGUUUAUCCUCUUUAAAAAAGUUGAAUCUCUGGUUCUGCAAUUUAAAAGAUGGAGGACUUCCGGAAGACAUUGGAUCCUUGUCCUCUUUGAACAAGUUGUAUCUCAGGGGAAAUAAUUUUGAGUAUUUUCCUCGAAGCAUAGAAAAUUGGUGUUCUUCGAUCCUUGGCCUUGAGAGAUUGCGAGAGGCUUAA